AUGUUUGAUGAACAAGAAAACAUUAAACUUGAAAGAGCAAACAAUUGGUAUUGUGGUAGUUAUUUUACGUCAAAGGAGGUCGUGAUUGAAAGAUUUAAAUAUUUUUUGCGUAGGAAAUAUGAGAAAUUUAAUGAUCUGGAAAAGCGAUAUAAUGAUUUACUUGAUGGUCUGGGAAUGUAUUAUGUAACGAUAUCAGACGCUGAACUGAAAUCUAAGUUUGAAGAUGCAUUACCUUUAGAGUGGGAUGAAUUUGUAUGUAAGGUGAAAAAGGAUUCUAGGUUCUCAAAAUUUAGUUCAAGAGAGUUCAUUAGAGAGCUUAGAACACAGAAUUGUGAAAUUGAAAAGAAAAAGAAAGAGUUGAUAGUGAAGUUAGAAAAGAACUUAGAAAAUAUAGAUUUGAAUGUGAUUGAUGAAAUAAAAGAACGAAUUGAUGAGUGUCUUGCAGCAAAAUGGAAUAUGAGAUACGAUAUUAAGAGGGCUAAGAAAGCUUCAUCUCCUUGUGAUGUAUAUAAUUGUCUUAAAGACAUGCAAGUGUCAUCUUUAAAUGACACACAAGCUUUUGCCGAAGAGAUAUUCCGGAAGGUUGAACAUAAGAGUUCUGGAUCAAAUCUUUAUCGACAACAAGAAGAGGCUGUUGCAUUGCCAGUCCGAAAGCAGAGGAAUUUCGAAUUGUUGGCGGAUGAUGGAGACAUUGCCGAAACUGUCAAGUCUGAUAAAAAAGCAAAAAGUUUCAGAAAGAAGAGGAAAACCGUAGAAGAUGAAGAUGAUGAUGAUGAUGAGUCUGAAGAAGAAAGAGUGCGUGACAAAAAAGAACGAGCGGAGUUGGAGCGUCGUCUAAGGAAAAAAGAAGUUCCAUGGACGACAAAGCCGAAUGAGCGCUUAUUAUCCAAGAGGAAGGAAGAAGAGGCAACUAAGAGCUUCAAUUCCUUGGCAGAAGCUUUAAGGACAUUUUCGAGGAGAGAAUAUUUUAAGAGAAGAGAGCUGAAGAAGUUAGAGGAAAUCAGAGAUGAUAUUCUAGAUGAAGAGUAUCUAUUUGGGGAUGUCAAAGACUAUAGAUUUAAAAAGCAAAUAUAUGAGGUGGCGACGAAGCUGUCUACUGAUGAUGAUAACACAGACAUGUAUCGGAUGCCUGAUGCUUAUGAUGACGAGGGCGGUGUUAAUCAAGAGAAAAGAUUUGCUGUAGCUAUGGAGCGCUGCAGAGGCUUGAAAGAUGGAGAUAAGAUGAACCCAUCCGCGGAACAAGAAGCAUGGGAGGAUCAUCAAAUUAGAAACGCAACACUAAAAUUUGGGUCAAAGAACAAAAAGCAGCCUGAAAACUACGGGUUUGUGUUUGAGGACCAGAUCGAGUUCAUACAUGGUCAAGUCAUGGAUGGUGAAAAUGUCGAUGAUGAAACAUGUCAAGAGGAACACGAAAAAGCUAUGGCAAAAUCAGCACAUGAGAAGCUUUCGGCGGAGAGAAAAACUUUACCUGUAUAUCCCUUUCGAGAGUCAUUGCUCAAAGCUGUUGAAGCUCAUCAGGUUCUUAUCAUCGUUGGUGAGACUGGUUCCGGGAAGACCACUCAAAUACCCCAAUAUCUCCAUGAAGCUGGAUACACAAAACGUGGAAUGAUAGGGUGUACUCAGCCUAGACGAGUUGCUGCUAUGAGUGUUGCUAAUAGAGUUUCUCAAGAAAUGGGAGUCAAACUUGGGCAUGAGGUUGGCUAUUCGAUACGUUUUGAGGAUUGUACCUCUGACAAGACAGUGCUUAAAUAUAUGACCGAUGGCAUGUUACUACGAGCGUUUCUUGCUGAACCUGAUCUUGCAAGUUACAGCGUGUUGAUGGUGGAUGAGGCUCAUGAGAGGACAUUGUCAACUGAUAUAUUGUUCAGUUUAGUUAAGGAUAUAGCUCGGCUUCGUCCCGAACUCAAGUUGCUUAUUUCAAGUGCCACUCUUGAUGCAGAGAAAUUCAGCGACUAUUUUGAUGAUGCUCCAAUUUUUAAAAUUCCAGGGAGGCGGUAUCCUGUAGAAAUAUAUUACACCAAAGCACCCGAAGCUGAUUAUUUGGAUGCCGCAAUUGUCACAGCUCUUCAGAUUCAUGUUACUCAGCCACCUGGCGAUGGUGACAUACUCAUCUUUCUCACUGGUCAGGAAGAAAUUGAAACAGCCGAAGAGACUCUUAAAGACCGGACACGAGGAUUAGGGAGUAAAAUACAAGAAUUGAUAAUAUGCCCGAUUUAUGCAAAUCUCCCUACUGAACUACAGGCUAAAAUAUUUGAACCUACUCCUGUAGAGGCCCGCAAGGUGGUCCUUGCCACAAACAUUGCAGAAACAUCAUUAACUAUUGAUGGUAUUAAAUACGUGAUUGAUCCGGGUUAUGUUAAGAUGAAAUCUUACAACUCUCGUACGGGAAUGGAAUCGUUACAAGUCACACCUACGUCACAAGCAUCUGCGGAUCAACGGGCGGGUCGCUCCGGACGAACGGGGCCUGGGAAGUGCUUUAGACUGUAUACUGCCUACAACUAUUUUAGUGAUUUAGUUGCUAACACGGUCCCGGAGAUCCAACGAACCAACCUCGCUAAUGUCGUCCUCACUCUAAAGACUCUCGGGAUCCAUGACUUGUUACAUUUUGAUUUUAUGGACCGACCACCAGAUGAGGCUUUACUCAAAGCUCUGGAGCAUCUUUAUGCCUUAGGUGCACUCAAUAAACAUGGUGAAUUGACAAGAGUGGGUAGAAAGAUGGCGGAAUUUCCACUUGAUCCAAUGUUGUCCAAAAUGAUUCUUGCAUCGGACAAGUAUCAGUGCUCAGAUGAGAUCAUUUCAAUUGCUGCCAUGUUGUCGACUGGAAGUUCCGUUUUUUAUCGUCCAAAGGAUAAACAAGUUCAUGCAGACAAUGCGCGUUUGAAUUUUCAUAUGGGUAACGUUGGAGAUCACAUAGCACUACUUAAGGUUUAUAGUUCGUGGAAAGAAACAAACUUUUCUACUCAGUGGUGCUAUGAGAAUUACAUCCAAGUGAGGAGUAUGAAGCGUGCCCGAGACAUAAGAGAUCAAUUGAGGGGGCUUUUAGAAAGAGUUGAAAUCGAGUUAACAUCGAACCCUGGCGAUUUGGAAGCAAUUAAGAAGGCCAUAAUUUCAGGAUACUUCCCCCACACAGCAAAGAUGCAAAUCAAUGGUUUAUACAAGAGCUUGAAACAUCCUCAGACUGUUUAUAUUCACCCCAGCUCUGGUUUAGCUCAGGUACUUCCAAGGUGGGUCGUAUACCACGAGCUGGUCAUGACAAAUAAGGAGUACAUGCGACAGGUGAGUGAAAUAAAACCCGAGUGGCUUGUGGAAGUAGCACCCCAUUAUUAUCAGCUCAAGGAUGUUGAAGAUUUGGCAUCAAAGAAAAUGCCACGCGGACAAGGCCGCGCAGCCCAGGGUUGAUAUUCAGAAGUGUUAAGCCAGCAACUUUGCAUUAUGAGAGGCUGAAUGUCAUUUAACUUUAUACAUUAUACAUGAUUAUGAUGUUUCUCAAUAUACUAGAGCAAAGUUGGAUUA